AUGGGGAACCUGUCUCAGUGCCUGGACGAUGCGCCCCUCAGGGGGUUCCGCGGGUGGGAGCCGCCCAGCCCGCCCCAGGCCUACAGCGAGGCGCAGCGCCUGGCGCUGGAGGAACUCGUGGCCGCCGGCCGGCCGGCUUUCCACGCUUUCUUGCGCCGGGAGAAGAUGCGCCCUUUCCUCUCCGAGCCCGAGAUCCGGGCCGUGCUGCGCGCCGCGGUGCCGCCGCCCGGACAGGACGAAAGCGCCGCCGCUGCGGAUCACGCCCUGAACGCCUCGUUGGAUUGCUCGUCGCUCACUUACUUCCCGGUGCAAUCCGACGUGGAGCCGCCGGUGCUGGAGCUGGGCUGGCCGGCCUUCAUGAGCGGCUCUUUUCGAGGGCUCACGCGGGUGGAGACUCACUUCCAGCCCAGCUUUGGCGAGACCAUCUAUCCCUGCAAGGAGGCGGUGCGCAAGCAGAUCCGGUCGGCCAAGGAGGUCAUUGCUCUAGUUAUGGAUUUCUUCACAGAUAUUGACAUCUUUAGUGAUCUUCUGGAAGCCUGCCAGAAGCGGGGCAUCAGAGUGUACAUCCUCUUGGAUCAAGCUUAUUUCCCCUACUUUCUGAAAAUGUGUAGAGAUCUGGGAAUCAACCUGGAACAGGAAAAGCUCCUUAGGGUCCGGAGUAUUACUGGAAAAACCUUUUGCACGAGAUCAGGAACCAAAUUAUUUGGGAAGGCCCAUGAAAAAUUCAUGUUAGUUGAUGGCAUUAGAGUGACUACAGGUUCCUACAGUUUUACUUGGACUGAUGGGAAUCUAAACAGCAGCAACAUUUUAAUACUUUCUGGUCCAGCAGUGGCAGAUUUCGAACUACGAUUCCGGGCCCUCUAUGCACAGUCAAAGCUCAUCAGCACAAAGAUGUCAAUGCCUGGCAAAAAUACUAGGUUGGAGCAAAUUUUGGGGAAAGUAAUGCCUUCCAACGAAUUUUCCAAGAGAAAUGUCUUGAAAAUGGAUUUUUUCUACCUGAGAACAUAUGCUGGAAAUAUGAAGAGCAAGCAGACAUUCCUACAGGUUUCCAGGGACACAAGAAUCAUACAACUGGAAGGGGAUGGAAGGUCACCAAAUCCCAAAGCCCGCCCUAAAUUAUAA